UUUUGAGAUUGAAAGAAAGAAUCCAUUUUUAUUUAUUUUCUAGUAAUUCUUGAAAGAUUGUGAUAUUCAGUGUCCUUUCAACAUCUAUAUUGUAUGAUUACAACACCUAACAGGAAAAAGUUAGAUAUUCCCAUAUGGUUUACAGUCUCAGAAACAGACAAUCUUAAAACUGGGAGUGUGCAAAAGAUAGCCCACUUUUUAUCUUCCUUUUGUUACAGCAACCCAAUGAACAGAGAAAUUUAACAUAUUAAGAUUUAAGAGAGAGAAAAAUAUAGUUUCACUGUAUUGAGCUGAAAGUACUUUUGAGUCUCCCAAAGAAAUGUAACUGCACGAACUAAAGCUGAAGGAUUGAUGCUUUUGCUUCUUGUUUUUAUAUUCAGGGAAGUCUGGAGGGGACCAUCUUUUGCUGUCACUUUCUGCAUCUUUACUUGUUCAAUUACCUUCUUUCUUUGAAUAACUAGCAGAGGGCUAUGUUUUAGGCAUUAUAGCUUUUGGCUGCUUAAUCUUAGACCUGCUAUGUUCAUACUUCAAGAGAUAAAGAAAAUUUAACCAAAAAAAACAAGAGAGAGGGUCUCCUUUUUCUCUUUAAAUUAUUAUAAUAUAUGCAGAGUUGUGCAGCUAUCACAGAUUGGUGGGUUUGCUUUCUUUUUUUUGUUCAUGUACAAAAGUUAAUCUUUUCCAUUGUAGUCUUUAGCGGGUCUCUUGAACUUUGUUACUUCAGUCAGGGCUGUGGAGUUGAGGGCAAAGACUAAUUAAGAUAUUUUGGUUUGUCUUGUAUUCUGUUCUCCUGGUCUUGUACUUUUACCUCCUUUUUUAUGCUUUUUUUUUUUUUUCAAACUGGAACUCUUCGUUUUCACCUCUCUUUGUCUCUCUCUUGCUUUUAUUUUAUCAUCAUUUCUUUAAUAAAUCUGUUCUGCUCUCGGUUCUUCUAGUUUUAAUUAUGUUAUUUAGCUUCGGUGAACUGAGUUUCAUUUUGUUGGAGCAAUCGCCCGAUUUUUUUAACCACAAGCUACUUCCUUUGAAUUUGCGAAUUACUUUUUCAUCGAUUAUUACUUCUAAUUCAUGCCUAAUAAUGCAGCAUUCUUUCUGGAUCUUUGAUCUCAUACUUAAGUUAGGAAAGAAUUCCUCGUAUGUUCAGUAAGUUAUACAUUCAAGUGACUUUCUGGUUAAUGAUCCAGCAACUUGUCUUUGUACCUACACUAGUAUAGUUAUAAUUAUUAAAAAAUGACAGCCCAUGUUUUAGUUUGUUCAAUGCUCCAUGCAUUUUCUUGGAAACCCAGUACCUUUGAAUUCUGUUGUUUUCUCUGCUCUAGGAUAUACAAUUGUUACUGUAUUGAAGUUUUAGUUUUAUAAUAUUCCUAAUAUUAGACCAGAGAUCAACUAUAAAUUUCGAGCUUCUUAUUUUACUGGUUACAAUGGUUUCACAAGAUUCACCCCCAAAUCCAGCUUCUAGUAUGGUACAACAAUUCUUCAUCUCAGAUUCUAUUACCAGUCAAAACCAAUUUGAAAACCAGAAUUUCAAUACGUAUGGUUCAGAUUUGAGAGGCAGCAAUAUAUUCCAUCAGUCUCUUGGGGUAUUACCUAGCGUACAGUCUCUUGGGGAAAGAAUGUCUAGGUCAAUAGACCUUGUUCGAGCUCAUUCAAUAGUAUCACAAGAAUCUGAGAUUAGCCACACUAGACAUUUAAUGGAUCUUCUUGGAACUGCAAAUGCAGCCAAUCAACAAGCUCAGGGACUGUCAUUAUCUCUUGGCUGUCACAUGCUUGCCCCUCAAGUCCAGUACAGGCAGAGGCCUGUUAAUUCAGAUCUCUUCAGUUCUAGUUAUUUGAUUCAUGGAGAGGAGGCAAGGAAAGCUUGUAAUCCAGGAAUUGAACAAGUAAAUGAUGAACAUCCUUUUUCUGGUUAUGCAUUUGCUUCGUCGUCAACCUCACUAAGUAGAUCUUCUUGCACUUCCUAUGGAACAGAAUCUUUUGCCAUUGCUAUAAAGAACUCAAGAUAUUUAAAGCCUGCUCAGAUGCUCUUAGAAGAAAUUGUUACAGUUAGUGGGAAGGCAACUGAAAUUAACAAUGAAAAGUAUGUGGGGAAGUUAUUUCCUGGUGGCACAAGAGGAGCUUUUGGACUUUCUUCUGAGUUAAAAGCAGAAUGGUGCUCUAAUGGGCUCCUACCAGCUGAUAGACAUCAUCUCCAGGUUAAAAUUACAAAGCUUAUAGCAUUGCUGGAGGAGAUUGAGGGACGAUACGAGAAAUACUACCAUCAAUUGGAAGAAGUAGUAUCAUCAUUUGAGGAGAUAGCAGGUUUAGGAGCAGCCAAAUCUUAUACUGCUCUAGCACUCCAGGCCAUGUCAAGGCACUUUUGCAACCUGAGAGAUGCUAUAGUAUCUCAAAUCAAUGCAACAAGAAAAAAAAUAUCACAAGAUUUACCAAAAAUCAGCACAGGAUUAUCGCGACUUAGCCUGUUCGAUAGAGAGACGGCGCAUAAUCGAGUUUCUCUUCAACAGCUUGGAAUGAUCCAAAGCCAAAGGCAAGCGUGGAGACCCAUCAGGGGCUUGCCAGAGACUUCUGUGACCAUCCUGCGCUCUUGGCUUUUCGAACACUUUUUGCACCCGUAUCCAAAUGAUUCUGAGAAGCUAAUGCUGGCAUCACAAACUGGCUUGACUAAGAAUCAAGUUUCAAAUUGGUUUAUAAACGCCCGAGUGCGGCUAUGGAAGCCUAUGAUAGAAGAAAUGUACAAAGAGGAGUUUGCAGCAGAUUCAUCUGAAGACUCAAAUCCAUUGUUAGGUAGCAGUUCCGUGACAAGACAAGGUACUGCUGAUAAUUCAGAGGAUUGAACAAGUGAUGGGAUAAUAUCUGUAGCUGAAGCAUCAUCCUCAAGAUUUAACUAAAUUACCAAGCUCAGGUUUCUUAUCCUGCAUUCUUAUGGCCAAAUGGUGCUCAUGCCAAGAAUGAGCAUUGAUAUUAAAGCACACAUUUCAUGGUCUUCAAUCUUCCAUCUUUUAAAUCCUCAGGUUUGGCUAUAGAGUUGGUUUUCAACCUUGCAUUUCUCCAGGCGUGGAACUUAAGUUAUCAAGAGGGAUGAUGCUUUAAUCCUUUACCUUUUAAUUUACUUUUGUGAUACACAUUAUGCUUACACUUUUCACUUCAUAACAAAUUUUGUUUCAUUGCA